UUUUCUUUUUCUUUUUAAAGAAAAAAAAAACAUUAAACUCCGAAUUAACGAUUGAAAAUGGAGCAACUAAACCCUGUAAAACUUUCUUCUCACAAGAAAUUUUUAGAAGAUUUAUUAUCCAUCCAAAAUAAGUUUUCCAACGAACCAAAGCUUUAUAUCAAUUCCAAAGUUUCAUCUGAAAAAAAAGAAAUUGAAGAGAAUUUGUAUGCCAUUUUGGUUUGCCUUUCAGCCACUAUUGAAACGUAUCGCUCAUGUAAUGCCUUUCAAAAUAUGAAUACAUUCCCCAAAACCGGGAGAAAACAAAAACUUGUUCCAAAAAAACCGUUGUGCGUUACAAAUGUGGAUUUAGAUCAAAUAUUCAUUCAGCUAUGCGAUUUGAUCAAUCCGUAUUUAGAAAAUUUAAAACAAAUAUCUUUUUUUUAUAUCAAUAAUUUUAAUAAAAGUAACCGUGCGUUUUCUUUUUUAAAAGAAACAGAAAACCAUAAAAAUGAGGAAACCUCCGUUGCUUUGCAAGCCAGUGAAAAUGAUUCUGACCAGGACGUCGACGCCGCAACGGAUAGAGACACUUUAGAACAGUCUGCAAAUGGUACACAUUUUGACGAAGAAACCAAAUUUUUUUUAAGGUAUUCUGAUGUCGAAAAACAAAAAGGAAAUUCGGAUGACUUUUUUGACAUAAAUGAAAUGCAGAAAUUUGUUGACCAAGGGGAAAAUAUGGAUUUUGACGAAGAAAGCUUACUAGAUGAAACAAAUACUAAGUUAUUGAAUAAGGAAGAUCAAGCGUUAGACAAAUUACUUGAUGAGUAUGAGGAAAAUAAUGAAGCGUUGUCGAAACACGCACAGAAAUGUGAAGAAGAGGAUGAUGAUUCUACGAAUGCUAAUGAAAAAGAUUUUGACGUGGACGAUUCAGACGAAGACAUUCAAACAUUGGAGGACGUUUAUCAAAAUACAAAAAAUGUUUCAAAAUUAAGUAAUGUAAAUGCUACCUCUACAUUGAAUGAACAAAAGAAAGAAGAAAGCCAUUUGUUAGAUUUAGUGCAGAAAAACGAUAUUUUGGAUAACUUAAUCGAUACUACCGAACGAGAGUUAGUUGGGGAUAAACAUUGGACUAUGAAGGGAGAAGUUUCAGCUAAAUCACGGGAUCAGAAUAGUUUAUUAGAAGUUCAUUUAGAUAUACCUCAGUAUAAUCAUCAUUAUCAAUCCGAAGAUGCUCUUGGAAUACACGACUCCGCUUGGAAUAAUGAGGAAUCUUAUGAAGAUCAACACAACUCAUUGUGUUUGAAAAAUUCAGAAACAUCAUGUUACUCUUCUUUAUCCCAAGAAAUUGAAAAAAUUGUGUUACAUCGUAUUCGCUAUUUGUUGUUUGAUGAUGUUGUUCGAAAAUACGAAAAGCCUGUUGCGGUAACUGGAAAUGAUAAAAAUGAUGCUGAAGCGGAAAUUUUGGAUUUUCAAAAAAAUCAAAAUGGAUUAGCAGAGGUUUACGCAGACUACUAUACAAAACAAGUACUUGAUGGAGUUACGCAAGCUGACGUGAAAUUGAAUGAAAAAUGCACCCAAAUGAGCCAUUUAUUCAAUACGAUCAUGUAUAAACUGGACGCCUUAUCAUCCCAUCGUGUUAUGCGUAAACCCUUGGUACAUAAGGGUAAUAUCCCAGAUAACGUACCUUCAGUAACGGUUGAGGAUACCAUUCCUGCACUGGUUUCGGAUAAUCAAAGAAAAGCUCCUCAAGAAAUUUUUGAACCCGGAACAUUAAAAAAACGUGAGGAAAUGACGCAAGAAGAGAAAAAAUCAUUACGUCGAUUACAUAAGGCUCGUCGUAAAAAUAAGACACAUAAUCUUUUGAUGACUGGACAAACUACACUUCAAGAAAACAUCAAAAAAUCAAUAGAUUUACACCGAAAAAAUAGAGACGAAAAGGAAAAAAAAAAACGUACGAAAAAUACGGGUGUUGCUACCGAAAAAACACAGUCAAGACUUUUUCGUACUAAACGAUUACGUACAGCGGAUUUUAUUACAAAUGCCGCAACAUCCAUUUGACUGUAGUAUUUAUGUCGACACCUCGAAUAAAUUCUUUUGUUUUCGCUUGUUCUUUUUCAAAAAAGCAUCUUUUAAUUUAUGGUGUAAUUGUUGAAGACAAAAAAUCUUUUUGAUCAAAAAACAAAAUUUUAUGCGUUUUUUUUUAAGGAA